CGGUUGUGAAGAGAUUCGUAUUUCGGCCGGUUAAAUUUCGCGUAUGUAGAAGUAUAGUACUUAUUAUAUUUUAAAUCCCGCGGCCCUUAUCGUCUGACCGAAACUGAAACACGCCAGCUCUGAUAUAAUAAACAGCGCGUCGAACGCGCAACGUUUGCAAAUCCUCGGGUGAAAAAGAGCGGCGUCGACGAGCGAGGACGGAAGGCAUGUCCGGCAUGUUCGGCAGUGAAUCGACUACAGCUCGUCGGUGUGAUUGCACGGUAUCAUCGCGGAAACUAGCCGCGAGUUAAACGGGUUAAACGUGUAUCACCGACGUUAAACGUCAUCAUUGAACGUCGACGACGCGACGGCAAUAACAGCGGUGCAUAAGAGAGUGAGGAUGACGGGAGUGGAACGGAUACGAAGAUAAGGAUGACGAUCGACGGGGGAUAUUAUCCGAGAUUUAAUUUUAACGGCCAGAGUGAAACUUCGCUGAUCGCCGAUUAGGGACGAUCAGAAUCGCAUGCAGCAGCUGCAGCUUUCGAAUAAUUAGGAAAGAACAAACAUGGCGGAAACAUCGGACGAGCCUUAUCCACUUCACAAAUCUAUUUUUCACGGGGACCUCAAGGAGCUGAGUUACCUUAUAAGGACUCACGACAUCGCUGAAAAGGACAAGCAAGGAAAUACUCCGCUGCAUUUGGCUGUUAUGUUAGGAAGAAAAGAAUGUGUUCAAUUACUGCUUGCACAUGGAGCACCGGUUAAAGUGAAGAAUCUUGCUGGAUGGAGUCCUCUUGCCGAAGCUAUUAGCUAUGGAGAUAGACAAACUAUAUCGUUGCUCGUUAGGAAAUUGAAACAACAAGUGAGAGAACAAAUGGAAGAGAGGAGACCAAAUCUAGUUGAGGCGCUUAGGCAAAUGGGAGACUUUUACAUGGAACUUAAAUGGGACUUUCAAAGUUGGGUUCCCCUAGUGUCCAGAAUACUUCCGUCUGACAUUUGUAAGAUACAUAAAUCAGGGGCCUCGAUUCGUAUGGACACAACGUUUGUUGAUUUCAACGACAUGAGAUGGGAGAGAGGCGAUAUAUCGUUCAUAUUUAACGGCGAUCAAAAGCCGAGUAAAUCUCUCACUGUCCUGGACAACAAGGCAAAACUGUAUCAGCGAGUGAGAUACGAGGAAACUGAGGACGAGAUAGAGGACGAAGUGGAUAUUUUAAUGUCAAGUGAUAUUAUGGCAGUCCAAAUGUCGACUAAAGGAAUUUCGUUCUCUCGUGCUCAAACUGGAUGGAUCUUUCGAGAAGAUAAAAGAGAAAUGGUAGGUCCAUUUCACGCUGAUUUUUAUCAAAUCAACGGCAUGGUGCUGGAGAGCAGGAAGAGGCGGGAACAUUUAAGCGAGGAAGAUCUUCAGAAAAAUAAAGCAAUUAUGGAAUCGCUUACCAAAGGCAGUUUUCAGGGCUUUCCAAACGGUGAGCCGCCAGCCAGACGACCGUCGCUGAAUCCGCCUUCGGAACCUCAUGUUAGUUGGGAAGAGUAUUCGACGGCGUCACCCGGUGAAUGUCCGACGCUGGGUCGAACACUUGCCUACAAAGAAAGUACUAAAGCGUUCAAAGCGACAGUCGCAAUGAGUCCGGAUUUUCCGUUGACUGUCGACAUGCUGCUCAACGUGCUAGAAGUUAUUGCCACUUUCAAGCAUUUUAGUAAACUCAGACAAUUUGUGCUGAUGAAGUUACCGCCAGGAUUUCCUGUCAAGAUCGAUAUUCCCAUACUGCCUACAGUGACUGCAAAAAUAACAUUUCAAGAAUUUGUAUUCAGAAACGACAUUCAACCUGAAUUAUUUCAAGUUCCGUCGGAUUACUUCGAAGACCCCAUGAGGGGCUAUGGGGCGUAUUUAUCGAUGAUGAUGAUUCUGCACACAGCGUCCUGUGUCUGAAGGUUUCCAGACUUAUGACGCCUUGACAUCUCAGCUGUAUUCGAGAUGAAUUACUGGACGAGCUUGGAGUUGGACUCCGAACUAGUCGAUCCCCUAGGUGCAAACUUCGACGAUACUUGUUUCGAUCACCUUGUGGUUUUUAUCGAUUAAUCGACGACUGUCCGAGCGCAGGAGAAAUUUAGUCAUACAAAUGGAUAUCGGACUGUUGAUUAUCGAGAUUAUUCGAGAGAUUGACGUACGCGAGAAUCCUUGUCAAAAUACACGCAACUAAUGUACAACUAUCGGUUGCUCUUUUCUGUACCGUAGAGAAGAAUUUUUCUGCUGGUUUAAAGAAGAAAAAAAAAAAAAUGAGACAACUUCGCCAUCUCUUCUUACAGAAUUUCAUCUUUUCUAUACUUACAUUCUGUAAGAAAAUAAUAUUAUUCCCAUUACUUGUGCGUAUCGUCUGGCUUUUAUCAUAAAUCACGAUGUAAAUACUUCAUAAUUAAUGGGUAGUAAUACCCUGAAUGGAAAUAAUUUUCCAAGGACUGCUAAUUAUUCUACAAAAAUGGUUUUCGCUCGUCUAAUUUCGUUACAUCGUUUCGUUGCAAAGUAAGAAAAAAAAAACAAGAAAAACAGAAUUCACGUGCAAUUAGGGCUUCAAUUUUGCCAUAGCUUGGCGUGCGAACAAUUUAUUACUCCUAAAAAAACAAAAACAAAAAAAGGAACGUAUCAUGACAAAACGAAAUCCUGCCAUCGUUUCUUAUUUGCUGAAAUGGAAAGUAUUAUUAUUCCCCCCCCCCCCGAGAUUAGAUAUAUUAUCGAUGCUCCAUCGGCAUCCGGCACUUCUUACUUAACUUAUUAUUAGUUUUAAAAUUAUUUAUUCUACUCGCGUUGCGGGUUGUGUUGAAAAAAAAAAAAAGAAUUUCAAAUCAACUACAUUCGUUCCAAGUUCUGCGAUAAUCACAUAUCCGUAUCAUUAACUGGCAAUCUCACUGACAUUAGUUACUUUACCCGAAACCGUGACAAUAUUUAAAGUUUUUUUUCCUCUAUUUUUGGUGCUAUGGAAUUUUACUUUCAAGUCUAGAUUUUCAUCGAAACAUGUGCGCUUUAGUUUUAAUUUUUAUAUUUCCGAUCUCAUUUUUCCCGCCACUCUUUUGCGAUGAACUUUUUUAUUGUACCUUCAGUUUGUGAUUUUUCCGUAUUUUUCGUGGUUUUAUUAAUAAUAUGACUUACAAUCAAUUCGCUCUUUAUUUGAUUCCCUUGUUAUUUAUAUUUCGCUGGUCUGAAUACGGGUAAUUAGUGAAAAGUAGUGCCUCCGGUAAAGAAAUUAUGCCUUUUCAGAACGAAUGUUCUACCAGUGAUUAUCAUUUACGGUCGUUUUACACGACUAAAAGCAAAUAAAAUGACAAUAAUCUUUGAAAAAUCCAAUUCAAGCUGACUCAAUUCUUUGUUAUAAUGUAGAAAAAAAUCUUUGUCUAGUUUGAUUGUCUAGUAGUCACAGAUAAAUCAGUAUUAGGUAUAAUUCCGAAUUUGAGAAACGCCAGUUACUUCAUCAAUAUAAUUUUUAUCUCAAGUACAGAAAAUGUCACGUUCAUCGAAAAUUUACUCAAUUAUUAUGCGUAAAAACUAUUUUUUUUUUUUUAUUUUCAACGAUACUAAGCAACAGUUUAAAGCACAUAUCGACAAACAACUCGAAUAUUAGGAGUGUUUUGUUUUUUUUCUUCCUAGAAUUUUUUCUUGUUCGUAUUUAUGACAGUUUUUUUUCCUCUCUCUUCUUCCGCACAGAAUCGCACUGCAAUUUUUAACUCUUGGAGUCUCAUUAGAACUAACUAAAUUGGUGAGAUUAAAUCUCAAAGACGCCCAAAAUAGAUUUCGCAAAAUUUUUCAACGAUUCGUUAUCGAGUCUUAGCACUAAAAACUUACGAUCGCAAUACUUGCUUCACGCGUUUAACACAAAAGGCGCACUUGCGAUUCGACAUAAAUAUUCUAAUCUUUCUCAAUUUACGUUUCAGCAAUUUUUUGUGCGCGUUAAAACGAAUUUUCACUGGCGUGAAUGUCUAGCUUGGAAGAAUUUAUGAUGAGGUGAGAAAUUUUUGACGAAUGAUCUCAUUCCAAUAGUCAUCGUCGGACGUGCUCGAGGUGAACUGAAAAUUUGUUUUCGACUGACAGUAAUAUAACGAUAGCGGUAAAUGUAACAAAUAGAUUGUAGAUUUCCUAUUAGACGAUGAUUAACGUUGAAAGAUUUUGUUUUAAACCGUUUGACGAUUAUAUUUCGUUACAGUUUGAGAAGAAGAGUUUAAUUUUAAUAAGCAGAAAAGAAAUGUACGAUUAAUCAUAAGAGUUACAUAAACAGGCAACUUUAUUCCUAGAUUGAAAUGUUUUCAAUUGGGUUAUUUACAUUGUCUGUUAAAUAAUACGAAAAUUACUCUACAUUGACGAUUGUGUUGCACCGAAUUUGCAUAUAGUCAACUAGUUGCAAUGCUGUUAGAAUCAAUAGUUUCUUGCACAAAUGACACAGCUUCCUUCAGCGUAGUCGAUCUUACAGUUGCGCCAAUAUAUUCAUAUAUAUUUAUACAUAUACCCGACACUGCGACGAAUCCUUAUUUAGAUAUCUAAUUAGACGGAAAUCUACCUUAAAUAAUUUCGAUACGAUGUUACGCUAACGUUUAAAACAUUCUUGGGAAAAACUAGUUUUACCGAUUCCACGCUCUAGUUUAAAUAUUUCACCCAAUGUUGUUUGUAUAUUAGAUUCUUUUCUUUUAUAUAUAUGUAUCAGAAUUGUGCAGAGUAUUAUGUCUGGUCUAAUUAGUUUUCAAGUUUAGAAAAAUCUUUUGAAAAAUGAGUAAUCUAGUAUCGCGAGUAAAGUGGUAUUACGAUAAUACUUCUCAUCGAUCGUGUGUAAGUGAUAAAUGACUAGUAAGAAAAAUAUUUUUUCAUCAAUCGUUACCUAAUAAUUAGUAAAAACGCGUAUAAUAUUCUUACGUUCUUACAAAAAUUUUUUUUUUUUUUUAUCUUUGUUCCCUGUAAUCAUCACGUAUAGCUGCUGAAAUAAUCAAACAGCGAGCGACGUGCAGAUAGUAAUAUAAUUUAUUGAUAGUAUUAGUCGAACAAUUAUUGUACAAUUGGAAAAUUGUUCAUUAUGCGUUUGACAGGAAUUCCAAUGAUUGUAUACCGAAAAGUAUCUUCCUAAUGGGCAUUUCGUAUAAUAUUUUAUUGUUUCUUGUUUCUUUGAAACGAGUCCGUUCGAUUUUUUUUUUUUUAUUUUUCUCAACCUUAUAAAAUUAAAUUCUUAUGCUGACGAACUUUUUUUCUUUUAAAUCUACAUAGUUAUUAUAUUUCAUAUAUUAAACACUGAGGUAAUGAGGACAUUUGGAAUAGUCGAUAAGUAAAUACGUGACUCUCUUGUAAACCUGAUCCUAGAUGUGAUAAAAUUAUUCAGAGAUAAAUAGACAUUUAACAUUUAUCAAAAAGAGGGAUUAAUUUAUUAUUUAUAUUUUACGUUACGUAGUUGUGUGUGUGUAUACAUAUAUAUGUAUAUGUAUAUGUCCAUUUUAUUUGAAUACUUUGAAUGCGAUUCUUGGAUCCCUGCGUUUAUUAACCGUUACUUUGACUGUAAAUAUCCAACUUCGCAUUACUUUCUAUUUUUUUUCUUUCUUUUUUUUGAUAAUUAUACCCAACAAGACACGAGAUAGAAAUCUAGAAAAGUUGGCAUUUAGAAGUAGAAAUGCGAGAAAUGUGAUGAAACGGUAAAUUCUGAUUCUUCUUGAAACAUAUUUAUUCUCCCCUUGUGAUGAUUUUCGUUUUCAACUGUACAUAUGAUAAAAAUUAAAAAUAACGCGUCGCUUCGGACACAGGGUGGAUAAUUUCAAGUGGGAGUUUGUGCGCUAAGGAUUUAUAAAAGGAAAAAAAAAAAGAACAACAACAACAGCGCAAAAUGUUCUUUCUAUUCUACGAUCUUAUA